AUGGUUUCCAAACUCGCCGGCCGCGCGGUGCUGCUCCUCUUGUGCCUGGUCGUCGGCGAUGCGGUUCGCCAAGCAAGACUGCAGAAAGGUGACGUCGUCAGUGCAGCCCAGUAUGAGAAGCAAGAGCACGAGCAAGCGGGCGACGAGCAUGUCGAGGAAGGGCAUGGCGAGGAGGUUGCUGACUCCAAGCUAGAAUGGGGCACACCGGGAUGCUUCGCAACCAUGCUGACACAGCAGUUCGCUGCUUUGAGGUCUAGGCUUUGGAAGCUCACAGCUGCAAGCCAUGAUGGCCGGCAACUCUUUGCAAAAGCUUCGCUGUUCAGCAGCGCGAUGUUGGCCGUCCUUCCCUUUCUGCAAAGAGACCCAGCAGCGAUGUCGGCAGCCCUGAACCUGGCUCAGUCGAGCUUCGUGAGCUGUAGCCAAAUCCAAUUUGAGUAUGAGAAGCAAGAGCACGAGCAAGCGGGCUACGAGCAUGUCGAGGAAGGGCAUGGCGAGGAGGCAGCUGUACUCACAAUCGCAGCCCUCUUGCAGAAAAGAAAAGAGUGGCACCGAUUCGCUGGCACCUCGAUGUUUUGCGUACGCGUCUGGUUGCACGUGCUACUGCUAGAGUGCGCGAGGGAACCGUGCUUGAUUGCUCCGGCUCUUGAGCGGUGGGAUGCUGCGGUGCCUGUACCAGCAGCGGCACACAGUGUCUCUGACAGGCUCACACCUCUGUUGAAGAUGGCUUCGUCUACACCGUAG